AUGGGUGCCAAUGGAUCAGCAGAUGAUAUUAACGCCAUGGAAAUCCAUCACUGGUACACAAAAUUUAUGAAGGAGUGCCCAUCUGGACAGCUUUGUCUGCAUGAAUUUAAACAUGUUCUGGGACUGCAAAGUCUUACUCAAGAUGCAAACAAGUACGUUGAACAAGUAUUUCACACUUUUGACAUGAAUAAGCAUAUAAAACAGAUUGCAGUACCCUUGAAGGUCUGCAGUGAUGGAGAUGCCCAGCGCCUGCAGCUCAGGAAAUUGGUGUUUACAAUAUUUCGCUUACUAUUCAGCAAAAUGAGAAGGAAAAAAAAGCAGUCUGCAGAAAGUGCAUCUUCUUGGGCUCUCCGUCUAUUCCUGCAGCCAGAAAGGAAACUCUACUCUUGGGCUAUAGAGCAUUUUCAGAGGAGACCUGAAACUGAUAUCCUAAUGACUUGA